UUAAUUAAUUUGUCUAAUCAGACACCAAAUAAUAAUGGACAUUACAAGCCUGAUAAAAUGCUUUAUUCCAAAGCACCUGUACCACCACCUGUAGUUGUCAAUACUACUACUACUACUAAUAUACCCAUUGAAUGGGAUUGGAGAAAGUAUGGUAUAGUAACACCAGCUAGAGAUCAGAAACUUUGUUUAUCUUCUUGGAGUUUUGCAGCGAUCUCUGCACUGGAAAGUCAUGUAAUGAAGGCUCAGAUAGCUGAGGGAAAGUUUGAUCCGACAAAACAAUUGAAAUUAAGUGAACAAAAUCUGAUCGACUGUUCCACUAGUUUCGGUACACAGGGUUGCUAUGAAGGCACUACACGAAUGGCCUUUGAAUAUGUUCAGGAAAUUAAAGGUCUCAAUACUAACAAUGACUAUCCGUUUACCGGAAAACCGGACAAUUGUCUCUAUAAGGAAGAAAAACGAGUCGAUAUAGACAUCAAAGAUAUCAUACGUAUAACUACCGGCUCUGACCAGGAAUUGGUUGCAGCUAUCUAUACAUACGGACCGGUCACUGUUAGCCUACAUGAGACCAUUAAUUUUAAAACAUAUAGAUCCGGUAUUUUUGAUGAUCCCUUAUGUGAUGCCAAUAAUGUUAGCAUUGCUUUAGUAGCCGUUGGUUACACUCCCGAGUAUUUUAUACUAAAACACAGUUUAGGUAAUAAUUGGGGCGAAAAUGGUUACAUUAGGUUAUCCCGGUCUAAGUCUAACAAUUGUGGUGUCAGUGAACAGGCCUACUAUACAGUACUGGCCAAUGAUGUCGGAACCGAUAAAAUCAACGACAAACUAAUGAUACAUUAUAUAAAUUAAUUUUACAUUAAAUGUGUCAAUAUAUGUACUGUAUAUAAAUAUAGUAGCAUAACA